GUCUCACCCGCGGAGCAGCCUCGGCUGGAAUUCCUCAUGCGCAAGUGCGGCUGGUUCGUGCGAGAGCUGCGCGUUGAGUUCGCCGCGGAGAAUUACCUAAGCGGGGGCGGCGGCCCGGGCGACGGAGGCGGCGCAGACCCCGGGACUGGCGGGGAAGAAGUCGAGGCCUUGCAGCUCUCAACCCGUUGGCUGGAAGUGCUGCGCACCUACUUGGAGCUGGUGCUGUGCGUGCUGGUCAGCAUCCGGAACAACAGAAUUCAGCAGCUAUUUGAAGAAAUACUGAGUAAUAGUAGGCAACUGAAAUGGCUGUCCUGUGGGUUUAUGCUGGAAAUAGUAACCCCAACAUCACUGUCAUCUCUCUCAAACUCUAUUGCCAACACCAUGGAGCACCUGAGUUUACUGGACAACAAUAUUCCUGGUAACAGCACCCUUAUCACCGCAGUGGAACUAGAGCGAUUUGUGAAUCUACGCUCUCUUGCCCUGGAUUUCUGCGACUUUACAGCUGAGAUGGCAAGAGUCUUAACCGAUAGCAACCAUGUGCCUUUGCAGCGACUGUCUCUCCUGGUCCACAAUGUUUCUGUGAUGCACAAGUCUCUGGACAACAUGCCAAAUGAUGAGCAUUGGAAAGCUCUGUCACGAAAGAGCCCUAGCCUUCGGGUCUAUAUAAUGGCUUUUGAUAUCAAGAGUGAAGAUAUGUUAAAGAUUCUGAAACCCAGUAUACCACUAGAGAGGAUUCAUUUUGACAGCUACAUCACUUGUGUUUCAGGAGCUAUCGUUGAUCUUAUAUCUAGGCAGUAUGACAAGUUCCUCACUCAUUUCAUAUUAAUGAAUGAUGUUAUUGACACGUCUGGUUUUCCAGAUCUUAGUGACAACCGAAACGAAGAUCCGUUGGUUUUACUAGCGUGGAGGUGCACAAAACUUGCUCUUCUGGCGAUUCAUGGUUACACAGUGUGGGCACACAACCUCAUUGCCAUUGCUCGUCUUCGUGGCUCUAAUCUAAAAGUACUUGAAGUCACUGAAGAAAGCAUUGAUUUUGACCAAGGUGAACUGGCCGACCAGGAUGUGGAUCCAGUGCAUAACCUUAUUGAGCAGGUAUCCCUGGGCCUGGGUCAUCCUUGGCAUGCAGUCAUGGACAUUGAAUCACUCAGUGUCUUCACUGAACCAAAUCGUCAUUUUUACAGAGAGAUGCAAAGCUUCAGCGAAGACAUUUAACUUUUUUUUAAAUGUACAAUUCCUGUGGUUACAUAUGCAAGUAGGGUCCUAUUAUGUUCUUUUCAGUAGUGUGAAUUAAUCCCUUUGUGCUGUGUUUAAUCAGUAUUAGCUUCAUAGAAUUAUAUAUGUAUAUUCUACUUCUUGAUCAAAGAACGUAGUCGGGUAUUGGUUUAGAAGUUCAAAGUGACAAUGUAUAGGGCUUUCACGGUUAAUGGACUUGUUACCAAACCUUAAGGAUAUACAACCGAAGGCUGUCUGAGGUUGCUGGCUAACUUUGUUUUUCACUGAGUUACUCUGCCUUUUUGAUUAUUUUAUUCUUUGUGUGUCAGAGCAGAACUCAGGAGCCAAAAUAUUUUUAUACAUAUAUAGAUAUAUACCCAUAGCCUGGUGGAUUUGUAUGCAAUAUUCUGCAUUCACUCAUUCUAAUAGCAUUUCAUUAAUUUUUAUUUGAAAUGGAAGGGAGGAUAUUGUCCCAAAUGAGUUAUCUUUAACAAAAAAGCCAAGAUUUUAACUUUCAUUACAUAUAUAAGAUUAUCACCAAUUACCAUUCUGAAUUUUGUAUAGUACUAGGUUAGAACCUUGCUUAACCCUUUUCUUAAGUGCAUUUACAGAACCAAAUACUCAAAUUGUUGGAUUUAUAGAAAUUAUAUCUGACAUGAUUUUAUUUAUCAAUUAUAUUACACAUUCAAGUUAGCUUUUAAGCCCAGAUUUCAAGUAGUGGAGGAAGAAAGAAACUGUAUUUCAGGGUAAAACCUCCUAAACGAAAAUCAUAAAAACAGAAUUGUACACACACAUGCUUGCAAACAAACAUUAGUCGUGAAAUCCCUAGCAACAAGUCACUGGAUUUUUCUCUGUCAGCGCGCGUGUCAGCUGCCAAAGAAUAGACUUAACUGAAGAAGUGCCCACAUGCUGGCAGGGGCCGGCCCACUCUGGCCAGCCAGAUACUGCUAGAUUGUAAUAUUUAAGGUCGAAUUUCGACCUGUGGUACACAGCUGUGCUGUGGCUCAGUCAGCAACCUCAGAACUCUGAAAAACAAAACAAAAAAACGAAAAAAAAAACCAUGCACCUGUUUCACUGUGAAUAGUGAAUGUCAAGGAAGAAAGGAAAAACUGAAAGCUUGUUCUAUCACAGGUAUGAGCUGCUAUGAUACAUGAAGAACAUUCCAUGAAGUAUGUUUUAAAACCUUGUUAUAUCUGAGAGGCUUUAAAAGCCGAUUUGUUUCAGGGCAACCGCGGUACAGACGUGGUCUCUGUGAGACUUCCACCUGACCCCAGUUUUAAGUGGUACGAAUGUUGUGCAUUUAAUGUUAAAGGACAGUCUGCAAUAAUAAAGUAGCCAACAUGGGUGCCCAGCAGUGCUGAGACCUGGCUGCUCUAUUGUAAGCUUUGGAAACACAAUUUAUGCAACAAAUGUCCAGAUAUGAUUCUAUUUAUGGAAAAAGUUUAUAUGUGUUUUACAAAUGGUUUUACCAUCUUAUAUUAAAAUGACCUUUUGACAGGUGUGCACUGUUUUGUCUCCAGUGGGCACAUACCAUGCGGAUUUUAUAUGUACAUCAGUAGUGUGAAUCCACUGGCACAGUGUGUGUAAAUGCCAGAUGUGGUGAGAUUUUAUCUUAUAAAUGUGAUCAGAUAAAAUAACUCCUGACAGAAACUGUAAGGAAACCAGCUGAAUGUUUGACCUGAUGACUGAUGUUAUAUGGUUUAUGUUAAAUGUAUAUUCUUUUAAUCAAUGAAUAAAGCAUUAAAAAGUGGUCAUUGAAA